AUGGAGCUAAUCUGCAUUGAGGCAACCUCGAUUAAUCCUACGAAAUCGACGCCGUUCGGCACGUCCAGCAACGCUGAAUCCUGCAUAGUGAUUGCGUUAACUGCCGGCCGAGGAGAUGCCAGGAACGAAGUCGGUUUGGCAGCGAUAGAUCUUCAAUACCCAUACUUGAUUCUCUGUCAGAUCAGCGAUUGUCAAACAUAUGUGAAUACUCUGACGAAAAUCAAUGUUGUUGACCCGGUAGAAAUACUAAUGCCGGAAACGAUGUGCGAACAUCACGGUCGUGGGAACAAACUGUACAGAUCGAUUAAAGAGAAAUUUCAUGCACUCAACAUCACGCCGAUUUCGCGAGUACACUUCAACGAGUCCACCGGUAUGGAACGCGUGCGAACUCUAUGCGCCAGAGAAUACUCGACCGUGGAGCUGAUAGUAAAGCAAAAGUAUUACGCUUUAGCUGCCGCUGCGGCAUUGCUGAAAUAUGUGGAGUACGUUCAACACAUGGUUUACGCUCCGAAAUCGAUGAGGAUAGAGUUUCAAGGGUCGCCGAAUACCACAAUGAUCGAUAUAGAGAGUGCACGAAGUCUCGAACUGGUCGUCUCGCAGUCCAAGCAGUCCAUCGUCAGUCUGCUGGGCACGAUGAACCGCUGCUUGACCCCUAUGGGCAGAAGACUCCUGCGCGCUUCCAUUCUUCAGCCUUCGUGCGACGAGUCUUUAAUCGCCAAUCGACAAUCCUGCGUAGCGGAAUUAGUGUCAAAUCAUUCUCUGUGCAUCAGUCUUCAGCCGGUGGUACAACGCUUGUUCGGUACGGAUCGUUUAUUGACGUUGGCGAUUAAACCUCUGUACGUCAACGACAUGCAAAAUGCGGAACGAAAUUUAAAUUAUGCGCUACUCUUGAAAAGCUGCCUGGACACCGUUCCGGAAUUAGAGGCGAUUCUUGCGAUCGGUGUUCAUCCGUUCUUUGUAAAAACACGAAAGAAUUUAGGAAACUCAGAAUUCCAAGUUAUGAAGGAUAAAAUUUUAACACUGAUUCAUGCGGACGCGAGAUUCGUGAAGGGAUGCACUUCCUUGAGUAUGCAACGGUGUUUCGCUAUAAAAAGUGAUAUCAACGAGUUGUUGGAUAUCGCUCGCCAAAUCUAUUGCGAGUUGAUUAGCGACAUGAAAAAUAUGGUGGAGCAGUUAGCCGUGAAACACAAGCUUCCAUUAUCCUUAGAAUACAACAUAAAUUUGGGUUACUAUAUAAAUGUUGUCAUACCACGAGGUUCAAACAUGAUAAUCUCGGACUUACCGGCGGAAUUUAUUCAGGCACGAAAGAAUAGGAGGUCCUUCACAAUGACAACAACGGCGCUAUUAACAUUGAAUAAACAAUGCAAAGACGCUUGCGAGGAGAUUUACAUGAUGAGUAACACAUUGUUGACCAAUUUACUGGAGGACAUCCGACAACACGUCGGUUGUUUAUUUCAAUUAAGCACUGAUGUGGCGGAGUUAGACUUAAUUUUAUCGUUGGCGCAAAUCAGUUCUAAUCCAGAAUACGUGAGACCGUCAUUCGGAGUGAAAUUAGAAUUAAUAAACUCGUUACACCCUAUUAUGGAAUUAUUUAACAGAGAUCUUCCUAUAGCUAACGACGUAAACGCAUCGAUUACGCAUAAUUUUCACCUGAUAACUGGACCGAAUAUGAGCGGCAAGUCUACGUAUUUAAAGCAGAUCGUUCUACUUCAAAUCAUGGCGCAGAUCGGUUCCUAUGUACCGGCAAGGAAAGCAACGUUCCGCGUUGCAGAUCGCAUACUUUGUAGGAUUAGUUCUCGCGAUGACGCCGAGCUUAAUGCAUCCGCCUACGUCCUCGAAAUGAAGGAGGCACAAUACAUCCUGCAAUCCGUCACACCCAAGUCUCUCGUCAUACUCGACGAGCUCUGCAGACAUACUACGGUUGAGGAGGGUUCCGCCAUCGCUUGGGCGAUAUGCGAGAAAUUAUCGCUGACGACCGCGUUCACGUUUUCCGCGACGCACUUUUUACAUCUUACCGCGCUGAGCAAUAUGUAUUAUAACGUAACAACCCAUUGUUUCGAGACGAAAACCGCGGAGUCGGAAGAAUCGAACGAUCUGCAUCUGAUAUAUACUCACAAAUUGAAUCCCGGAACAGGACCUACAGAUCACUAUGGGAUCGCUCUAGCGGAAGUAUCCUCUCUACCAAAAUGCGUUACAAUUAAAGCGCGAGAGUACGCGUUCCAGCAAUCCGUCAACACACAAAAUAAUAAUUUUCGAUCCAUCACGAGUUCUUUGUCGUGGGAGAAAUCAUGUUACAAUGCGAUCGUUCAGUUACGCGCACUAUUGGAGAAUAAUCGUUUCACUUUCGCAAAUAUAAUAAGUAUCAUGAAACAAUUGGAUCUAAGCAAGCAAACGAAAAGAGCGCAGCCAGCGCAAGUUCAAAUAAAAUCCCCCAACGUCGUGCAGGAAUGUAGAGAACAAGAGAAAUAUGAGGAAGAAAAAAAUCUUGUUGUUGCGUCGAAUAAUAAUUUGACGAUGACGAGGAUGGAAGACGUCGUAUUGUUACCAGAAUCGGCGAAUAAAGAUGAACAAAAGGUGAACGAAGACAAAGUCCAAGAUGAACCGAUGGAAAUCGUCGAAAACGACAAUUGGAAGGCAGACGAGUCGAUACACGAUGUCAUAGCAAAUCAAAAGGCACUUCCAUUGCCAGAGACAAUCGAUAGAAAUCCAUUCGUUAAUCCAAACUCUUCUUUGCAAUCUCUGACGAGCGAUCCGCGAUUUUAUGUUUGCACGUCGUUCGCGGCGAGCACCCCGAAAACAACAUUGCAACUUUGCGAAGCAAAUCUACGAUCGAAUUUUACUACAAACUCAUCGGUAAUGACCUCUCCAUCGACAUCCUUUAACUCUCAGUCCCAAUAUCACGAUUAUUGCUUGUCCGAGGGAGAAUUUGACAUCACUCUACCUAGGUCGUCUCAAUCAACCCCGAGCGAUAUAGCGAAGACGACCGCACGGUCGAAAGAGGCGAAGAUUUUUCGGCAGAUCGAAGGCGAUGACUUUAACGAAGAGAGUUUCUUCAAUGAUACACAAAUAACAUUGAAAUCAGACUUUUCUACGGAUAAUGACGUGAUGAUGUUACCACUGUAA